GUUUCAUUACAUGCCUGGAGAUUUCACCAGACGUGAGCACAGUCUAUGCUUGUAAGCCAGAAAUUUAAAGGGCCCAUAUUAUGCUUUUUCUGGUUUUAUAUGCUCUUUAGUGUGUUUUCCAUGUAUCCUGUGCAUGUUUAGGCACAUCUAUUUGCAAAAAUUCAAAGUCCACGUAAACGCGGCUUGAACAGCACUUUGGUCAGCUGUAGCUGUUUUUGUGCUUCAUAAAUAAAUAUGACAUGACUUGACUUGACUUGACUAAAUCAAGACAUCACAACCAAAUCAAGACACCACAACUAAAUCAAGACAUCACAACCAAAUCAAGACACCACAACUAAAUCAAGACACCACAACCAAAUCAAGACACCACAACCAAAUCAAGACACCACAACCACAUCAAGACACCAUAACUAGAUCAAGACAACAUAACCAAAUCAAAGAAACCACAAACAAACACAGACCACAAAACUGUAUAUUGUACUUUAAAUGGUACACAGCCAAAUGUAGAAAACACAACCAAAUAUAUACAAUAGAAAAGAUUGCAGAUGGCAAAACCUUACGCAGGCAUCAAAGUCAAUUGUACACCCACUGGCUUUAGUCUGAUGAGCAUUUAGCGUCUGAUCAACAUUGCCCUGCCUCCAAAGAUAAUAGCCCCCUUCGGAUUCUCCAUUCAUAUAAUCUAUUCUAAGACAAAUGACAACAUAUAACCAAACACACAACUUUUUUGUUUAAAAAUACAUUUAGCUAUGUUCUAUUGUCUCUGGCUGGAUUGCCUGUAUAUGGUAAUGCCUUUUCCUUGCAUUUUGUUGUGUUGGCUGCAUGUGGUUAUUGUGUCAGUAUUGUCUACUUUUUGUUGCCUUGUCUUUAUUUUUCUGUAUUUGAUUGUGUUGAAUGUAUUUCUACAAUUCUACAAUAUAUAUAGUAUCAUAAUAUAUUUUAGGACAAAGUUUCAUUGUCGUUUGAAUAAAAGGUUAUUGUUCCUUUAUUUGGAAAUCUGUGAUGACACAGGAAGCAGGGAACAGGAAGUAGAAAGUGUGUAAACAGAGAAGGAGCAUGGUGGUGUCUGUAUGGGUUUCCAUGUUGAAUCCAAAGUCAUCCUUGGUGUGUAUCCUUCAGAAAGCGAUGGCUUUUCACUCUGAUUCAUUGUCAUCUUGUCUACUUUGAAGAAGUAAUUAAAGGAGCAAGCACGCUCACUUCCUGGCUCUUGAAAAGGAGUUUGGCUGGCUGUUUAUUAAUGUUAACACUUGUGAAGUACAACACAUAGAAAGAACCCCACAACGCACCCUUUGCACAGCGUCUGGAUCUAGGCUGGGUGAUUGUGGGUGAGGUUUGUAUCGACAGUGCACACAAACCCACUGUAUCUGUGUUUAAGACUAAUGUGCUGCAGAACGGACGUCCUUCUCUUCUGAUGCCAUGUCAAAAUCACAUCUGUAUUAAAGAGAAAGCAAGCUACGGCGGGGAGCACAGGUGCUGUACCACCACCCAUCUAUCCAGCUAUCCUGCCAAAGAUAAACUUGGACAAGAUGUGUUUGCAAGGACAGACAGCAAUAACAAACUUGCUCUAUCUUUCGAGGAUGAGACCUUUCUUGAGAUCAUGAGAGAAGAGUUCCAGAGAGACGAUCAAAACAGCUGGAUAGCUCCCCUACCAUUUAGAUCACCCAGACCACGCCUUCCAAACAAUCAUGCUCAAGCCCUCUCCCGCCUACACUCCUUGCAACGCACGCUGCACAAAAAUCUGGAAAUGAAAGAGCAGUUUGUUGCCUUCAUGGUGAAGCUCUUUGAAAAUGGACAUGCAGAGGAAGCGCCCCCUCUCCAAGAAAACGAAGAGUGCUGGUACCUACCCAUAUUUGGGGUGUACCACCCACAAAAGCCAGGUCAAAUACGUGUUGUUUUUGACUCAAAAAAGUGCUCAAGAACACGGCAUCUCCCUCAACAGUGUCCUGCUCUCAGGCCCUGACCUAAAUAACUCCCUCCUUGGAGUGCUGCUUAGGUUCAGAAAGGACGUUGUUGCUUUGACAGCUGACAUUCAGCAAAUGUUCUAUGGUUUUUUGGUCAGAGAAGACCACAGAAACUACCUAAGAUUUCUUUGGCACAAGGAUAAUGAUCUGACAAAGGAGGUAGCAGAGUACCGGAUGCGAGUGCAUGUUUUCGGGAACAGUCCAUCACCUGCAGUGGCCAUAAAUGGCCUUCAAAGAGCUGCCCAAGAAGGUGAGCCGAAGUAUGGCUCUGACUCGCGCCACUCUGUCGAAAGACACUUUUAUGAUGGGCUCAUCUCUCUUCCGGCUGAGGCUCACGCAAUCGAUCUACUCAAGCACACUCAAGCUUCACUGGCAGAUUCAAAUCUGAGACUGCACAAAAUCGCUUCCAACAGUAUCAAAGUAAUGCCAGCCUUUGCCCCUGGAGACCUUGCUGCUGGUCUAAAGGAUUUAGGCUUUGAUGAAGAAGCUCUGCCUGUACAAAGAAGUCUUGGUUUGUGUUGGAACAUAGACUCUGACACCUUCACAUUCAAAGUAUCAUUCAGCGACAAGCCGUUCACGCGACGUGGAGUGCUAUCUACUGUCAAUAGCCUCUUCGACCCACUAGGCUUGGUUGUGCCAGUGACCAUCCGAGGACGAGCUCUACUCAGAGAACUUUCAACUGAAGUUCACGACUGGGACACCGAACUUCCUGCAGAUAACUUUGAUAAAUGGGAAACGUGGAAGAAAUCACUACAGGAUUUGAGCAGCCUACAUCUUCCACGUCCAUACAUACAUCAGUCCCUCUCCAAUGCCACAUGCACUGAGUUGUGUCUGUUCUCUGAUGCUUCUAACUGGGCUAUAGGAGCAGUAGCUUACCUGAGGGUCAUUACAACAGAUGGUCAGUGCAAAGUUGGCUUUGUGCUUGGAAAAGCAAAGCUAGCUCCUCAACCAGAGCCCACAAUACCUCGCCUAGAACUGUGUGGAGCUGAAUUGGCUGUUGAAAUGGCUGAACUGAUUCUCGAUGAACUUGACCAUGUUGGGCCCCAGCCAUGUGGUUGGGACAAAGGACUCAGGCCUGUAUCACAGUUCUCGAGCCUGACUAAAGUUAUAUUGAAGGCAACUAAACAAAGGGGUCUUACCCAGCAACCCCCCAACAGAAACUAACAAAUAGGUGUGAAAAGUGGGGGGAUUGGGGGCUUCUGAACUCUCUAUCCUCAUUGGAGGAGGCCUGAGGUAAACCCACAGGCAGCUUCAGUCUUUAAAAGCAAUCACCAGGCAUUGCUUCAUUCUCUUCAAGUGUGGUCUGCCGACACCAGAGGAUACCCUCUCCAACAAGAUGGACUCCAGCAUUUGAGACAAAGCCUUUCCUCCUCUUGACUUACAUAGGUUAAACUCCAGAGCUGAGGUUGCUCAGUAUAGGUAGCUCUUCACAUGCUGAAUUCAAGCAUCAGAGGAUUCAGCUGACUACUUCCACGGCAUAUUUUUAGGAGUUUUGGGCGCAAUCAGAUGCUAUCAGGUUCGAGCAAAAAGAAGAGUUUCUUUCCUUUGAUUUUUCGUAAGACGUCAUUGAACGCAACUGGACAGGAGCGCUGAAGGAAGCCCACUGAUCCCUGAAUCCACAAGGACACAUAAAGAACUCGGCUCCUGCAACCAGAAGACCCUAUAGAGCAGCGCUCUGGUCGAAGAUCUGAAUCCCGCUACCCUCCUCCUACAUCUGCCACGAAGGAACCCUGCCUGAAUCUGAUGAUUCAACAUUCAACAGAGUGACGAUCUAACCAACUUUGCAACGAUCACCAGGAGUUACCCCAAGUAAGAGCUUUGGUCUGGGCAGAAAUAGUUUCAGAAAUAGUUAUGUUUCUUUUAUAACCACUGAUAAUUAUGCAUCAUUGUUGACGACACAUCACAUUCUGUUUAUUAUCUGUUGUAAACUGCUGCAUUUGUUUUAUUGUGAUGAACUGCUGUGUUCACCUAUGUAUGUAAUGCUAUGCUAGUUUACCUUUCACAAUCAGAAAGACCAGUGUAGCCGCCGUUGAAUCAAAGUCCGGCCACUGGCUUUCUGGUGUUUAAGUAAGAGUUACUGAACUCAGCUCAGAGAGCUCAAAACUAUUUCAAAAGGCAGCCACACAGCUUCUUUUGUUGUCCACCAUUUUGUCCACAUGUGACGAAGUCACAUGGUGCAUUGUCUCUCUCC